AAAAACAGUAAAAAUUUCAUUUUAUUAACAAUUUAAUUAGUCGAGUAUGAAUCAGCCUGAACACUGCAGGGCGGUGUGGUGUGGCAUAUUAUUUUCGGCCGAUUUUCUCUUUCGGCCGAAAACCGAAAAUGCCAUUUUCGGCGGCCUAUAAUUCGGUGCAUCCUUAAUAUAAACUAAGUAAAGGAAGUCAUUUUUUUUCAUGCUGUUUGCUAAUUGGUAUCAACUGUAUCAUAGGCAGAUUGCAUCGUAUGGAUUUUUCAACAGUUUCUCUUUUACCACUGACAGACAACUCGGUUUUAGUGGCUGCAGGAAUUAUACUUUUAGUUUUGCUUUUAAUUGAAGCUAGUAUAAACCCCAUUCAGAACGACUGUCGCCAACUUUGAAACUACCAAACGCGUCUUCACUGAACAAGCCUGGAAACUCUUCCAUUUUCAUCAACGAAGCUGUCAAAGGCAGCGCCCAGUCGCGUCGUUUCCCCGAUGUCCGUGGAUACUUCCUGGUCCAAAGUUGUGUGUACACAAAUCAAAGUCAAUUGAGAAUGAAGUCGGAUGGUGAAGUCACAUCAGGGAAAUACACUUCAACGGACACACACACACUUCUCUAAACUGAGGGACAGAAAAGAUAAGUUUAAUAGCCUAUAUAAUUCAUUCUUCAGUGUUGACGCGUCGCAAACAUGAUACGAACAGAUGAACAUCAUUCAUGCAAUGGAACCCUGAAGUGUCAUUCUGACCAGAAACAACAGGAAAGCAACAGUUUGAAAAAUGGAUAUCACAGAAAAGAAAAGGUGCAGAAAAAUGGUAAGGGAGAUGGUUUUCAUCAACCUCGAGUUAGGGGUGAAGAUUCAUUUGAGGAGGCCCCCAUGUACGUGGCUGUCCUGACAUACAUGGGUUAUGGAAUUGUCAUCCUUUUUGGCUAUUUUAGGGAUUUCUUAAGAGCUGUUGGCUUAGAGAAGUGCCAUCAGGCCCAGGAGAGAGAAGAGCAAAAGGACUUUGUUCCACUGUACCAAGAUUUUGAAAACUUUUACAAACGGAACCUGUACACGAGAGUCAGGGAUAACUGGAACCGGCCUAUAUGCAGUUUACCUGGUCCGGUUUUUGACAUAAUGGAAAGGGUCUCAGAUGAUUACAACUGGACUUUCAGGUUAACAGGGAGAACCGUUGAGAACGUCAUAAACAUGGGCUCCUACAACUACCUGGGUUUCGCUGAAAACAAUGUCGACUUCCUGAAAACUGUGGCAGAGGAGACCAGACAGUAUGGGGUGGGUGUCUGCAGCACAAGACAGGAACUAGGCAACUUAAGCAUCCAUGAAAAACUGGAGCAACUUGUGGCAGAGUUCUUGGGGGUGGAGUCUGCCAUGGCGUUUGGAAUGGGUUUCGCCACCAAUUCCAUGAACAUUCCGGCACUAGUCGGAAAGGGCUGCCUGAUUCUGAGCGACGAGCUAAAUCACACGUCCCUCAUUCUGGGAGCCAGGUUGUCUGGGGCAACCAUUCGAGUCUUCAAGCACAACAACAUGCAGAGUCUAGAAAAAAUGCUAAAGGAGGCGAUUUGCUCAGGUCAACCUCGCACCCAUCGCGCCUGGAAGAAGAUCCUCAUCAUGGUGGAGGGCAUUUACAGUAUGGAAGGCUCUCUAGUCCGGUUGCCGGAGAUCUUAGCGCUAAAGAAGAAGUACAAGGCUUAUCUGUACCUUGACGAGGCCCACAGCAUCGGGGCCGUGGGGCCCACAGGUCGGGGGGUUACAGAACAUUUUGGGGUGGACCCCAAUGAAGUGGACGUUCUAAUGGGCACCUUCACUAAGAGCUUCGGGGCUGCUGGCGGGUACAUAGUUGGGAAAAAGGAGUUGGUGGAUUAUUUGCGAAGUCACUCUCACAGUGCCGUGUACGCUACAGCCAUGUCCCCACCUGUCGUGGAGCAGAUCAUCAGGGCAAUUAAAUGCAUCAUGGGUGUCGAUGGAACAACAGAAGGUUGGGCGUUAUCACGGGCCAUGUUGAAGAGGAAGAUCGGCAUUGUAGUUGUAGGUUUCCCGGCUACACCUAUUACAGAGGCCAGGGCUCGCUUCUGUGUGUCUGCCGCCCACACCAGAGAAAUGCUCGAUAAGGUUCUCCAGAGCCUUGAUGAACUUGGAGACGACAUCAAGGUGAAGUUCUCCCGUCACAGAUCUUCCUAUCGGCCAGAGCUGUAUGAUGAAACAGACUUUGAGCUGGACAGCUAAUCACUCAUCGUCAUCGCUGUGAGUGUGAAGGCUUGUCCAGAGACUGCCAAGGUGUGAAUGCCUUGGUCGUUUUUAGAAGAAAAAGUGUCCUGCAUU